UCUCUGGUCCUACGGUGAGUUUUGCCCAGCGGUUGCGUGAUAACCAGCACCUGGCCCGGGAGGAAACAAGAGACGAGCAGCCUGCCUUCCCCUCUUCUGUCUUUUAUCUACGGAAAUGAAUGAUGCAGUGGCCAUGGAGGCCACCAGGAGACGAACCCAGCACCGUGCCAAUGGGAAAGCAUCUGAACAGGGGGAGCAGCCAGCACAGUGGGGGAGAGCAUGGGAGGUGGACUGGUUUUCCUUGAGCAGUGUGAUUGGCCUCCUUUGCUUUGCCCCUUUCAUUGUCUUCUUCUUCGUGAUGGCCUGUGAUCAGUACCAGUGCUCCAUCAGCCAGCCUCUGUUGGAGUUGUACCACGGAGAGACCACGCUGCUCUCCAUCUGGGCCCGGGCACCCUCCUUCACCUGGUCAGCUGCCAAGAUAUAUGCCAUCUGGGUGGCCUUCCAGGUGUUCCUGUACAUGUGUGUUCCUGAUGUUACUCAUAAGUUUAUUCCUGGCUAUGUUGGUGGAGUGCAGGACGGAGCACGAACUCCUGCUGGCCUGAUUAACAAGUAUGAGGUCAAUGGGCUGCAGUGUUGGCUGAUCACUCAUGCUCUGUGGUAUGCCAAUGCCCAGUAUUUCCACUGGUUUUCUCCCACCAUCAUCUUCGACAACUGGAUCCCCCUGAUGUGGUGUGCUAACAUACUGGGCUACGCUGUGUCCAGCUUCGCUUUCAUAAAGGCCUACCUCUUCCCCACUAACGCUGAGGACUGCAAGUUCACAGGGAACAUCUUCUACAACUACAUGAUGGGCAUCGAGUUCAACCCACGCAUCGGCAAGUGGUUUGACUUCAAGCUUUUCUUCAACGGUCGGCCCGGCAUCGUAGCCUGGACUCUUAUCAAUCUGUCCUACAUGGCCAAGCAGCAAGAACUGUACGGCCACGUCACCAACUCCAUGAUCCUGGUCAACGUGCUGCAGGCCAUUUAUGUGUUGGAUUUCUUCUGGAAUGAGGCGUGGUACCUGAAGACCAUUGAUAUCUGCCAUGACCACUUUGGAUGGUAUCUGGGCUGGGGAGACUGUGUCUGGCUGCCGUACCUCUACACACUGCAGGGUCUGUACCUGGUGUACCAACCAGUCCAGCUCUCCAACGCCCACGCCCUGGCUGUCCUGUUGCUCGGCCUGGUCGGGUAUUACAUCUUCCGCUCCACCAACCACCAGAAGGACCUGUUCCGGCGCACCGAGGGCUCCUGCUCCAUCUGGGGCCGGAAGCCAGCGUACAUCGAGUGCUCGUACCGCUCCACAGACGGCGGCGUUCAUCGCAGCAAGCUCAUGACCUCAGGUUUCUGGGGAGUGGCCCGCCACCUCAACUACACCGGUGACCUGAUGGGUUCGCUGGCCUACUGCGCCGCCUGUGGCUUUGGCCACAUACUCCCAUACUUCUACAUAGUUUACAUGACCAUCCUGCUGGUCCACCGCUGUAUUCGCGAUGAGCACCGCUGCGGCAGCAAGUAUGGCAAGGACUGGAAGCGCUACACAGAUGCUGUGCCUUAUCGACUUAUUCCUAGGGUGUUUUAGAGAGGGGGAAAGGAGCGGGAGGAGGGAGAUAGAGAAGUAGGGUGGGGGCUAAGAUUAAGGUAGAUACAGAAA